AUGAGUAUUUUGGAGGUGCAAUCUGGAGGAAUGGAGAAAAUUGGUUUUACCAAAAAAGAUAUUUACAAUUUUGAAUAUUGUGAGAGUGACCUAAUGAAGAACCAUGAUAUUGAACUGGUGACUGAGUAUUUUUUAGCUGAACAGAAAAACAAUAGAUCAUUUUAUUUCAAGAUUGAGGGAGAUUCCAAUGACAGGCUUACUCGAUGUUUUUGGGCAGAUGCAACUUCUAGACGAGCAUAUGGGUUUUAUGGAGAUGUUGUCAUGCUCGAUACCACAUUCAACACGAACCGAUAUGGCUUGCCAUUUGCACCAAUGUUGGGGGUUAAUAACCAUGGUCAGACAAUUGUUUUAGCUUGUGCAUUUUUAAGUAAGGAAACGACUGAGUCAUUUAUUUGGAUGUUUGAGGAGUUUAAGAAAGCCAUACCAGGUGGUGGGCCAAAAAUGAUCAUUACAGAUCAAGAUGCAACUAUGGCUAGAGCGAUUUUUGAAGUAUUCCCCACUACAUUUCAUCGACUUUGUAUAUGGCACAUCACAACCAAGUUCUCUGAUAAACUACCACGGGCUGCUUAUGAGGAAUAUUGGAAAGAGUUUAAGGAAACCAUCUGGGAGAUUGACAAUAUAGAUGAAUUUGAAGAAAAGUGGCAUGCAAUCGUUACAAAAUCUGGUUUGACUAACCAUCUAUGGCUGAGUUCAGUUUUUGAUUUGCGAAAAUCAUGGGUUCCAGCCUAUGUAAAACAUGUUUUUGCUGCAUGA